AACUGAACAGAAUGGAGGCUCUGGACCAGAACUCGUUCUUCCUCCCACCAGAUCUCAACUCCUCCACAGUCUCCGAUCCUCCCCCACUGUUGUCCCUCCCGCGCCUCCUGAACUUCUCCUCCAACGUGUCCGCGCAGAGCGUCCCGUUCCAGGGCGGCAGCACCCUGAUGACCGCGGUGGUCUCCCUCACCGUCUUCCUCGUGGGUCUCACCGGCAACACAUUGGCCAUUUACGUGGUGCUGCGCUACGCCAAGAUGAAAACCGUCACCAACAUCUACAUCCUGAACCUGGCCGUGGCGGAUGAGCUCUACAUCAUCGGGCUCCCCUUCCUCACGACGCAGAACGUCCUCUCUUAUUGGCCCUUCGGUUCCUUCCUGUGCCGUGUCGUCAUGACGGCUGACUCCAUGAACCAGUUCACGUCCAUCUUCUGCCUCACCGUCAUGUCCAUGGAUCGAUACCUGGCUGUGGUCCAUCCGAUCCGCAGCACCAAGUGGAGACACCCGCGCGUGGCCAAGGCGGUGAGCGCAGCAGUGUGGGCUGUGUCCUUCAUCGUGGUCCUGCCGGUGGUCAUCUUCUCUGAUGUGCAGGUGCUCUGUGUGAGGAGUCUCAGGUGCGCUGCCAAUGGUGUCGACGAUGGCGACCCGAGUGCCCCGCGCACCGAGAAAACCACAACCCAGGACUGUAUCUUGCUCUCCCCUCGUAGCGAGGUCCCCCACGACCCUCAGAGCAGCCAGGUAGAACCUCAGUGGAGGUCUUCCUCUUCUUUAGGGGUCCUUCAUCUCACCUUACCUCCUCUGUCACACCAACCCUCUACACUUCACAACGCUCCCUUAUUCUCCUUCUUGGCAGCUUCAUAUUCAACAUUCUUUGUCCAAAAUGUCCUCCACUCCUGUCCCUAA